UGUAGCCUGAGGGUCGCUGAUAACAUUUGUCUAGAUCUAGCGAAUGAAUCAUGUCAACGUAUCAUUCUUCACGCCAGCGCUGUUAUUUCCCAAGGUUGCCUUCUUCCUAUCACCAUUGCAGCUUCGCGAGCUAUGGAUUAUACCCAUCUUCUUCGUCAUGACUACCCUUGUUUCGAAGGCGUGCGUACAAUCUUUAGGAUGGGCACUGCGAAUAGAGACGUAUCAGAGAGCCAUCGCAACCGCAGCAGGGUUCAUGAACUCAAACACGCUGACCAUCGCCCUCAUGUAGAGCCUGGUGAUAACCGUGCCAGAGGUGAAGUGGGGCACGGGCGACGACAGCGAGAGAUGCUCGGCCGGGCGCUGACA